UAUUGCAAAUAAAAAUGUUUUCUAAAUUUAUUUUUUAAUUCAAUAGAUUUAAACAUAAAAAAAGCAAAUAUUUUAUAUGUGUAAUUAAUAUGAACACCAACACUGUGAAAAAAUGCGUGUAUAGAUAGCAUUUUGGGAGCAAAAAUCAUCCAUUUUGGAGACGCUACUUGAAAAUUUUUCACAUCUUUUUCACUCCCUUUUUUCCCAGUAUUCUCCACCAUUUCCCUUCGUAGGUCCUUCGCUCCCUCGAAAAUUCUCCUCGUCAGCAAUUUGCACUCUUUCUCCACCUCUUUUAUUUAUUUAUUUUUUUUUCUUUAUUUUUUUCCUCUCUGUCUCUCUCUUCAAUUGCUAUAUAUACGUCCCUUGUCUUUUUAAUUAAGGAAUAUGUUUCAAUCUAUUUUAUAGAUACAUUUAUUGCGUCUCCCCACAACAUCUGCGUGUAUCACAUUAUGUUCUUCAAUUCACAUUAAUUUCUCACCAUUUUCACACCAAAUCCACACCCUCCACAUUUCACCAUCUAACUGAUAGAUCAUGAAAGUUAUACAAUUGAUGUUAUAAAAUCAUGCCUAUUUAAUGCUCUUGUCUUUUUGUGGCGGGAAAAAAAUCAUGGAAAUUUACGAGCAAUCAGAAGAAGAAAUUAAUUUAAAAAAGAUUAAAUUUUCAUGUCAAUAUUACACUAUUUUUUGAAAAAAAAGCUCCAAAAUGGAUAUUAUUUCCAUUAAUAUUUUAUAUGUUGUGUAACUUUAAAUAUUGGUGCAAGGCUGAAUUUGUUAUGUUCAUCCAACUGUUGUGUAUGCUAAACAGUGACCUAAUUUUCAGAAAACACCAGUACCUCUCUGAAAGAUACACUCCACCUCUGCAGCAAAACCUCCAUCGUGAUAAAGCUCUUCAGUCUAAUUUGAUGAGCUUUCCUUGGUAAAAAAGCCACGUGAAACCUUUUCCGUUCCGCCCAUCCUAAAAAUCUGUGAGGUGAUGAUGGAUCUUUCGUUUUCCCGUCACUUUUAUUCCUUUUGACAUUUUUCAAAGAAUAAAAUAUUAAAAAAAAAGAAACAUCUUUUUACAGUGUUCGUGUUCAAUUAAUUUUAAAAGAAAAUCACAUUUUUUUCGCUCCAUCCAAAAUGUCAUCUUAAUUUAAAAUCAUAAAAUAAAGUCCUCUUUAGAGAAUAUAACUUCAAACAACAAAAAUAAAUAAAUAAAUGGAUUUUUUUCUCCCAAUUUUCACUUUCUUUCUCACACUAUUUCUUCCUCACCAUAAUCCACUUUUGUAUUCUGGCUAGCAUCUUCGACAGUGCAUCUCAUGCUAAAUUGAUCAAUCUUCCAACUUGUUAGCAUGCUAUCAAUGCAUUUCUGUUCUCAAUUUCAGCUUCAAGAGCUGUUCUUUUUUAUCUUUCCAAAAAUUGCAUAUCACUAUUUGACUUCUUGCAUAUGCUACCACAGCACAAUUUAUAUAAUUUCUUAAAGUAGUUUUAUAUUAAAAAAAAAGUCCCCUCCGCCAUUUUGAUUUACAACAGUAUACUUGUAGUCCCUAUCAACAAAGUGUAUAAGAACUAUGUGUAUUUAGUCCUGGAGGAGUGUAAAUUAAAUUUUCCAAAAGGGUCUACACCGCACUUGAGACAAACUUUAUGAGCUUUGAGAAUGACAGAGAAAAUAAUAAUAAAAAAAAUAGCGAGUGAGACCAAACAAAACCUCAAGUUAAUCACAUAAUUAUCCUCCCAUAACUCAUUAAUGGUCUAUAAUCCACAUACAAAUUAUACACUUCAGUAAAUUUAAUUAUCCUAAUAAAACACAUUUUAGUUUUGUAAACAAUCCUUUUCAUCGCAAUGCUUAUGCCAUAUAAAAAUAGAAAUUAAAAUAAAAGUUAUACAUUUAUCCUUCUUUCUAUCUCAUCUCGCCGUUGGUGAUUAAUGCCUGUGCCACGAUAUUGCCAAAACAAACACAAAAAAAAAAACAAAGAAUCGACUAAUAAACUACAAAAUUCCAUAGUAGAUAUGAAAACAAGACUGUGAUCGAAAAUACUUGAUAGGAGACAGAGGUUGUGAGUGGAUUGAUUAAAAAGAAUAAUAAAAAAAAUAGGAGAAAAAAGGAGAAGAAAGAGCUGCCAGGAUCGAGGAAAUUUUUAUGUUUGGAUAUAACACAAAAAAGGCAAUAUUUCAUCACUUGAGCAACGCUAUACUUCCCAGACAACAAAAAAUCGCACUAAUUGGAUUAUUGGAAUCAAUUCGAAUAUAUUGGGGAUCACAUCAAAAUAUUCCCCAAUAAAAAAAUCAUUUCUUUUUGGAGAUGGAUACAUUUCUGCUCACACUACUGGUCUUCCUUAUGAUUAUUACAGAAAGUUUACAGGGCCCACAUGAAAAACGACUGUUGAAUCAUCUCUUAGCAACGUAUAAUACACUUGAACGACCAGUUGCUAAUGAAUCAGAAGCAUUGGAGGUAAAAUUCGGUCUAACUCUACAACAAAUAAUUGAUGUGGACGAGAAGAAUCAACUCCUAAUAACAAAUAUAUGGCUUUCUUUGGAAUGGAAUGACUACAAUCUUCGAUGGAAUGACAGUGAAUAUGGCGGUGUGAAAGAUUUACGAAUAACACCAAAUAAAUUAUGGAAGCCUGAUGUCCUCAUGUAUAACAGUGCGGAUGAGGGAUUCGAUGGCACGUACCACACAAAUAUUGUGGUCAAACAUAACGGCAGUUGUCUGUACGUGCCCCCUGGCAUCUUCAAGAGCACAUGCAAGAUAGACAUCACGUGGUUCCCAUUUGAUGAUCAACAUUGUGAUAUGAAAUUCGGUAGUUGGACAUAUGACGGAAAUCAGUUGGAUUUGGUGCUUAAUUCAGAGGAUGGUGGUGAUCUAUCAGAUUUUAUCACAAACGGGGAGUGGUAUCUCCUCGGAAUGCCCGGGAAAAAGAAUACCAUAACUUAUGCGUGUUGUCCGGAGCCUUACGUCGACAUUACAUUUACAAUACAAAUUCGUCGAAGGACGCUUUAUUAUUUUUUUAAUUUAAUUGUUCCAUGUGUUUUAAUAUCGUCAAUGGCUCUAUUAGGAUUUACAUUGCCACCUGAUUCAGGGGAAAAAUUGACACUAGGGGUAACAAUUCUUCUAUCUUUAACCGUAUUUUUGAAUCUUGUUGCCGAAUCAAUGCCAACAACAUCAGACGCUGUUCCACUGAUAGGCACAUAUUUCAAUUGCAUCAUGUUCAUGGUAGCAUCUUCCGUUGUUUUAACUGUGGUAGUCCUCAAUUAUCAUCAUAGAACGGCGGAUAUUCACGAAAUGCCACCUUGGAUCAAAUGGCUAUUUCUACAGUGGCUUCCCUGGAUCCUACGAAUGGGAAGACCUGGUAAAAAGAUUACCAGAAAAACAAUUCUUCUGAGCAAUCGCAUGAAGGAAUUGGAACUCAAAGAGCGCUCUUCAAAAUCACUAUUAGCUAAUGUGCUAGAUAUUGACGAUGAUUUUCGACACGUAGGAAUAUCUGGCUCCCAAACCGCAAUCGGCCAAUCAGCUUUCAGUAGACCAAAUACUGUGGAGGAGCAUCACUCUAUGGGUGGAUGCACACAUAAAGACUUGCACUUAAUAUUAAAGGAAUUGCAAUUCAUAACGGCAAGAAUGAAGAAAGCAGACGAAGAAGCUGAACUCAUAAGUGAUUGGAAAUUUGCCGCAAUGGUUGUCGAUAGAUUUUGCCUCAUUGUUUUCACAUUAUUCACAAUAAUUGCGACAGUUACCGUUUUACUUUCUGCUCCGCAUAUCAUCGUGCAGUAAAAUAUAGAACUAUUAAGGAACAAAUAUUAAAGAAAAUAGGUAAAAAAAACAUAUUUGAGAAAUAUUUUGAAUAACGAAACUGCCGUAAAAGUAGAAAAAAAAGAAAACAAAUUAUGACAAAUGAUACUUUGUAUGUUGAAAAGGUACAAAAAAUAAUUUGGUUCAUUUGCUCACUAACGGAUGGGAGUAUAUAUUUAUUGUUUUUAGAAAACAAAUUUUAUUAUGCGUGAAGAAAAAAAAUUUAAACAAAAAAAGCCUUUUUCUUAAAGAAUAACCUAAAAUUUGAAUUUAUAUCCUUCUCUGCUCAAUAUUGUUUUUUUUUAAUAUACUGUUGAUUAUGUCGUUAGAAAAUAUUGCACUAUAUAAACCGUUCCUAUCUCGACCUUCGCGUUAUAAAAUCGAGCAAAAAAAAGUUGUCAUAUUACGUUCGAAAGUGAAAUUUAAUUUCGUUUGUACGUUCAUUAAAUAUACAUGAGAAAAAAAAAUGUUGAGAACUCGAAGCACGUAUUCUACACUGCAAAAUAAAAUUGACGGGAAUUUCUUCUUGUUAAAAACUAACUAAUAGUAAAUAAUAAAAGAAUGCAAAGAAGAGAGAAAGAAAAUAAGUAAAUUAUCAUUGAAUAUACUAGGUAAAUAUAAGGUAUCAUCAUAGAGAGAAAGGAUGGAAAUAUUUUAGAAUUUAAUGUUAGGGAUUUUAUACAUAAUUUCUUCAAAUUUAAAUUGAUCUUACAUCUGGAAAUCAUCUAUAUGUAGAUGGAAUAUUGAAAAUGCAUAUUUCUACAAUUAAGUAAAAUGUGGCGUAUAUGUUUAAAAUAUACGUAAAUUUUUUAUAUGGAACGCACACUACAUAAAACAAUGUGAACUAGUAUGAUUUCAUUUUGGUUUUGUAUUUGACAAAAAAAAAGAAUGCCUAUAUAUUAGAUGAGAUCAUAUAUUCUGUCAGUAGAAGAGGUAAAAAGUUUGGAGUGGUAUAUCUCAGCUCCUGAUGAACAUAAUUGGAUGAGUGAACUAUUGUUGGAAAGCUUGGUUCAUUAGCUUUCAGAAUCUGGUAUAUGUAAUUGGCUAUGGGUAAAUCAUGGUCAUCCAGAACCAUUUAUGUCGAAGAAGACACUUUUUGCAGCGUCAUUAUUGACCAUCUACUGCUGGGACCAGGAGUGACCCACAAUUCUCGCACUUGGACUGUUCGUUAGAGGAACUCAAAGGGUAUAAUUUGUGGAAGAAACUUUUUUUUUGGACGUCUUACUUUUUUUUAUUCAUCGACUUUUGCAAGAAUUUUAACAUUUUAUACGCAUAGAAAAAAAUGACAGAAAUCCUUCUAUCUCAUUUUCUGGACAAACUAAUGAAGAUAUCGACUUGGAAUGUUCUAAGUACUCCCCCAUAAGUUGAUCCAAGGAAUCCAAAUAUCACAUCAAUUUCAUCCCCACGUCUAUCCUUCCCCUUCAGAAACCACUCUUUUAGGAUUUUUGUAAUUUUUUCGUUGCAUGUAAAAUGUUAAAAUUCUUGCAAAAGUCGAUGAAUAAAAAAAAGUAAGAUGUCCAAAAAAAAGUUUUUUCUACAAAUUAUUCCUUUUGAGUUCCUCUAACAAAUAGUCCUUGUGCGAGAAUUGUGGGUCACUCCUGGUCCCAGCAGUAGAUGGUCAAAAAUGACGCUGCAAAAAGUGUCUUCUUCGACAUAAAUGGUUCUGGAUGACCAUGAUUUACCCAUAGCCAAUUACAUAUACCAGAUUCUGAAAGCUAAUGAACCAAGCUUUCCAACAAUAGUUCACUCAUCCAAUUAUGUUCAUCAGGAGCUGAGAUAUACCACUCCAAACUUUUUACCUCCUCUACUGACAGAAUAUAUGAUCUCAUCUAAUAUUUUUGAAUAUGGAUAAAUGCUAAUAUAAUAGCCCAUUUUUUUACUUCAUUUUAAUCCAGAUAUAUUUUUUACGAAUUAUACAAAUUGAGAAAUGAAUGCAGAGUACAGAAUAAAAAAAAAGAAGUUAUAUUGCUACAAAAAUAAAAAAAAAAUGAAAAAAUACAGUUUUACCACAGAGCUAUGCAACAAUAGAUAAAUAAUCCUAUGCAAAUCAUGAAAACAGACAUUCUAAAAAUACGUAUUCCUUGCAAUAGUUUAUAUUUAUAAAACUUUAUUUCAACCGUCAUUAUUCUUUUUGUUUCCAAGUAUAACAAAAUAUUCUUUAAAUAUUUAUUAUAUUUUUUUCUGUUACAAAACCAAAAACAAUUUAAGAGAAUAAUGCGAAAAUCAAAAAAAAAAAACAUAAAAUAUUGCUUUUCAACAUUUCUCUAUGUGUUAGCGAGAACCAAAAAGGACUAAAAUAAUUCUUUUCUAGUUACGACUAGAAAUUUUGACGCUAAUAUCACCCGCAAUGGGGUAUCGACUACAAAAAAUCGAAUAGAAUAUUAGUAAAAUCGUAAAUUAUUUUUCUUUAGAACUUUGAAAAUCAACCUGUCGAUCAGUUCAUUUAAAAAGGAGCUUUAAUUAUUCUUUAAGGUAAAAUAAAUAUUAUAUUUAUUAAAGAAAUUGUUAAUAUGACAGAUUGGUCAAUUAGGUUUAUUUCGUCUUUUCAAAGCACUACUCUUCAAGAUUCUCAAAGCAUAUUCCUGAAAUAAUAUGUCUUUAGACUAUAGUGCAAACUAAAUAUUUGAAAAAGGAAAAUAAUCAGAGCAAAAUAGCAAUUGAUCAACAAUGAAUCAGGUUUAAACCUAAUCCCCAAUCUGGCCAUAGCACUUUUCGCACUUUCAUAGUUAUUGAGGCACAUAAUAUUUUUUUCAAAUUGAAUUUAAACGCAUUUGGUUAAUGCAAAUAAAUCAAACUAAAAUAUUUUGAGUUUAACAAAUACAUUUAGUAAACUUGUUCCAUUGCACAUUUUUUCAAAAUUCACAAUCAAUAUUCUUCCAAAAAAAAACAUAGAAAAAUGUCGGGUUACAGUAACACGAUAUAGUAAAAUUUUAGUGUUAUAAUUUAAUUUAAACAAUAUAAUUAGAACUUUACAAAAAAAGAUCACACGUCACUUGAGAAAUAGAACUAACUAAAUAAUUGAAAUAUGUUUAGAAAGGGUAAUCAAAUUUAAAAAAAAAAAUGAGAAAUAUUCAGAAUUAUAUAUUUAAUAAAAAUGAAUAUAUAAUAGUUAAAAAAAAAUUGUAUAAAAGAUAUGUAUUUAUAAAAAAAAAAUAAAAUAAUUCAUAUUUCAAUAAAAAAAUACAUAUUAAAUUGAGAGUGUGAGAAAAUUAAUAAAUAAAUCCUUAAUUAAAAUGGUUUUAAUAAUGUCUGUGGUCGAACCACGCGAUGUGAACAGACAAUGUUUCGUCACAUUGACGAUUAAUUAACAAAGAAAUUAAAAAAAAAGAUGAUUAAAAGUAUUGGUAUACAUAAUAUGCAUAUAUAAGGAGGAAAUAAAAGAAUUGAUUAUUGACGAAACUGCUAUUAGAUUUAUUAAAUAAUUACACAAAAUAGGUGAGAAAAAAAGGAAUAUUAAUUAUAUAUUGAAUGUUUUAUGAAUAAGUAAAAAAAAAUUACAUUUAAAAAAAUGAAGAGUUAUUAAUUGAAUAUUUCAUGCCAAACGUAUAAUUAUUAUACAUCAUAUAUUAAAAGGAUGUGGACAAACCCAAAAAAAAAAUGGACGAAUGCAUUGGUUAAAUCUGUGUGCGUUAAAAGAGAAAUAAUUAAAAAAAAAAGAAUUUUUUAAUAUUAUAUUUUCUAAGAAAAAAAUCAAUGAACACAAGGUAAUAAGGAUUUUUUUUUGAAAUUCUUAUUUGAAUUUCUUUACAAGCAAGAUUCAGAAUAAAAUCCGACGAGACACUAAAAUAUUAUAAAAACUCAGACAAAAAGUGUUGGUCAAAGGAAAUAUUAUUAACUAAAUACGAAUAAUUUCGGUUUCCUGUUUUUUCGGAAGAUGAUAAAAUGUUUUAUAUAAGUAGAACUUCCUUACGAUUUUAUGAUUUUGAAGAACUUGAUAUUUUAAUAAAACAUUCUUUAAAAUAAUUUUUUAGUGACAGGUAAUUUGCAUAGGGGAGACCUGGGGCAAAAAGUCACAAAUCGAAAAUUUUAAAAUUCAAUACCUUCCAAGAUGAAAAAAGAUAGCGGCUUAAAAUAUUUUCCAUAGAUAGCCUCCAUAUAUCUUCUACAAUGUCUUAAGUUUCUUAGAAUUCGCACAAGGAUUCUAGAAAAUGAAAAAUAUUGAAAUUUAUAGCCCUGUUUUUUUGAUAUAUUUACUUUCCAAAAUUUAUAUAGGUACUGGUGAAUAUUUCGUAAACGAAUUGGAUUCUUUGAAUAAGAAUCCGCUUUCCAAUUUAAGCAUUUUUUAAAGAUUCUUUUCUACAAAAAUCCGGUUAUUAAAAAUAACCAAUUGGGGUAAAAGGCAAUAACAGGUACGGGGCAAAAAGUAACAAAACCUGAAGCAAUUUUUAAUGUCUCACAGCGAAAAAAAACGUCAUUGCCAUAUGUCACCGCUUAUUGUUAUAGACACUGAUGAUAAUUAAAAUCCGAAAAAAAUUAAAUACUACCCACAGCCCAAUUUAUACACUUUGGAGGAUAAUGUCUAAAGCACAAUAGCCUUUGUUUUGUAAACAUGUUUUUGACAUUUCAAUGAGAGGGUAGAGAUCUUAACCUCGCUCACUCUUAUAGGACAUUUUGAAAACAUGUUUACAAAACAAAAUUUAUUCUGUGUUGGGUAUAAUGACCAGCGCAGAAUAACUUUUGUUUGUAUACAUGUUUUCAAAAUUUUCCAUGAGAAUGAGCGAGAUGACUAGAUCUAGUUUUCACUCACUCUCAUUGAAAAGUCAAAAACGUGUUUACUAAACAAAAGUUAUUGUGUGUUGGGCAUAAAAAAUAUGUCGAGUUAUGCCCAACGCACAAUAUUUUUUGUUUUGUAAACAUGUUUUCGGAACUGCCUAUAAGAGUGAGCAAGAUGACUAGAUUUAAAUCUCACUCACACUCACUGAAAUGUCAAAAACAUAUUUUACAAAACAAAAGUUAUUGUGCGUUGGGCAUUAUGACCAGAGCACAAUAACUUCUGUUUGUAAACAUGUUUUUAAAAUCUCCUAUAGGACAGAGCGAGAUCACUAGAUCCAGAUCUCACUCACUCUCAUUGAAAUGUCAAAACAUGUUUAUUAAACAAGUUAUUAUGUGUUGGUUAUUAUACUGAAUCUAAAAUAUUUAGUUUAAAAAGAACACAGAAUACCUCUUUUCAUUAUUUUUUGUUUUUGUUUUGUUUAUUCUGCACUUAAGUGACAUUUACUCGGGAACUUAUCGGCAGAUUUCGUCAAAUUGAUCUCGCCCCAUUCGCUAUUUUCGCUUUAUCAGAAUCGUUGAAUAGAAUUUUCAUGUCAAAAAUAGCAUGUGGAAAAUAAAUUGAAAAGUGAUUUUCUCGUUCAGAUAGAGAAAACGCUAUUCUACAAAGUUGUAGAUGAUUAAAUUUCCUAUGAAAAUAUGCCAUCUAAGUAUUUUUUUUUAAAUAUAUGUGUGUAGGUAUUAAGCGAAUUAAAAUUUGAUAAUUUUACCCCAUGCUGAAUACUAUUUGCCCCACAAUUUUUGAGAAUGAUCACAAAACUACCUUUCAGGAAACGGCUCGAUAAAUAUAUUUCCUUACAAAAUAAUGGGAUGGAGUAACCACAUAUCGCCAUUUUUAGAAAAAAAGGGAAAUUGACUGUAUUAUAACUUUUCACUGCUUAUUAUCAGAUAACUCAAAUUUGAUACAAAGUUACUUAGAUAUAUUGGCUCUAGAUUCGUCAAAACAAUAUAUAGUUCUACAAUUUGACGCAAGAAUACUUAAAAAAUUGAUUUUUAUUAACAAUGCUAAAAUAAUCACUUCGUCGCCACCUUUUACCACUUUUCGCCAGUUCUGUAACCACUUCUAGCCACCCACUUGGAAAGGUUCAAACUCAAAUGGAUACAUCAACAUUUAUUUUUCCUCAUGAUCACCUUAUUAUUACUCACAUUAAAUGAUUUUUCUUCACUUUUACUUGAGAUAUCAAAUUAUUAUACUAUUGCAGAAAGUAAACAAAUCAGAUUUGACAAUUAAGAAUCUAUGAAGUGAAGUUAGCGUCGCCUAUUGAAAAACUAUGGCGACAGGUGGUGAAUCAAUUUUAGAAUAUUACCACUUUCCGCCAUAACUCAUUUUUACAUAAAAAUAAUAUAAAAUGAAAUAUUAACUAACUAAAUACAAAUUAUUAUGUAUACGCCGAAUGUAAUUAAAUGUUUGUUGGAUAAAAUUUUCAUGAUACUUACUAUAUUUGGUAAGAAAUUUUGGAUUCAAUGAACUUGCUUAAAAUAUUCCUCUAAAAAAAUGUUCAAACAUUUAAAUUCAAAACAAAAAAUUAGUGUUUUUCGACUCUAUAAGUAACAAGAGGUGCAAAGAAUUUUACAGUUAAUUUAUUUCACAAAUAAUGGAAAAAUUGCGAUUUAAUUUAAGUGGUGAAAAGUGGGACACUUACUGGCGGGAAGUGGUGAUUCCACCCUAGAGGAAAAUGACUUUCACAAAGUUGUCGAGCGGUAUAUUUCCUAUAAAACCACACUAAUUAGAAAUUUCUGGGGCGUUCGGGAAGCUUGUAAAAAAAAAUAAAAUAUCCGUUUUGUUACUUUUUGCCCCAGUCUCUCCUAUUGCCUAUUUUAUUUUCAAAUUAUAUUUCGUUAUAAAUUUAAUCGGCUAUGAUUUUUAUGUUAUAAUUCAUAACUCACUAAAUAUUGAGACUAAAUUCAAUACAAUAUUCACAUUUUUUAUUGAAUUUAGCUUAUUAUAGAUACUAAUUGAGUGAUGGUUAUAUUAAAAAUGAAUAUUAACAUUUUUAUUAUUUUCUUUUAAUAAUUCUUUUUAAUAUUUUUCAGAAGUUAAAAGAUUAUUUUAAUGUUCCUUUCCACUAAAAAAUUCUUUAACAUCAUUGACCAAUCUUUUUUCUCUGUGUGGAAAUGCAAAAGAAAAUGAUUAUCUCCAUCGAAGACAAAACCUAUCUCGUAUUUCAUUCAAAUAAUGUAUUGAAAUUUUUAUAUAUAAAAAAAGAGAAUUAUCAUGAAAAAUAAAAUAAAUAUACUUUACGACUUUAUGUCAUGUUGACAUGCUAUAUUUAAAUUUUUACAGAUAAUUUAUGGACACAUUUUUCAGAUGAAUAAUAUCUCUUUGAGAAAAAAAAUGAUAGAGAGAAUGAGAGAAUAUCUGUGCACGCACUAUUUUUUUAGGUGGCGAAAAAAUAAGAGAUAUAUUAUCUUUUAUCUAUUUUACACCUUAAUUAAAAAAAAAAGAUAUAAAUAUUUCUUCAAACUCAAUCACUUCACUUCUAAAUUUUGCAACAAAAAAAUAGUAGAGUUGAAUAGGAAUUUGAUAAAUUACCUAAUAAAUCAAUCAUAAAUAAUAACUUUAAUGGAAAAAAAGACAAGAGUAAAAUAAAAAGAAGAGAGUGCGUGAAGAUUUUAAGAGAAAAAAAAUCAAGGGAUGUUAUAUAGAAUACGUAUAUAUUUUUUAAUUUUUCAACUUCAAGACAUUUGAGGUGGAGGAUCUUUUCCAAUGGAAAGUAAAUAAUAAACUUUUAACGAAGGAGAUUAUUUUAAAAAUAAAUAAUAUGAGAAUUUUUCUCAUCUACCAUCGGUACAAUGUGCUGAGAUGACUUUUUGACGAGAUUUAAUGGUUAAGAUUUGCUGAAUGGAUAGAUAAUGAAAAUAUUUUUCAAUAAAUCAACACUCACACAUACACAAAAAAAAUAUAAAAUAUUCCCAGAGUCAAUAUGCACGGGACCAGUUCAAAAUUGAAGCUACAAAUUCCAGAAACAUUGCCACUAUCGAUUAUUUUCGAGAAUUGAUAGAAAAAAAAAUAUCUUAUAUUUUGUAAAAAAAAAAAUCUAAAAACUUUUUCCGUUCACUUGUCCAAAGUCACAAUAAAUAAAUCGUUACAGGAAAAAAUCACGAGGAAGAUAAAUAAUAUUGUAAAAAAAUAAACAUCUCAAAAAUGUGUCCAUAUUAUUGUAAGUAGAUAAAAGAAAAAUGUGAAGAGAAAUAGUGAAAUAUUCAAAUAUUUAAAAAAAAAAUUUGCCACCGAAAUAUUGUCGUUAUAAUGCAAAAUAGAGUGAAAUUAUUUUAAAAUGUGGAAAAAUGGGAUAAAUGAAAUUUAUUAGGUGAUGUCUUUGAGACUAUUCCCUCUUUAUUUAUUUGUUUCAUAUUGAAAACUGUUGUAUUUAAAAGAAAUAUUAUUCUUAAACUAAUUAAAAUAAUAAAAAAAUAAAAAUAAAAAAAAGAAUGUAAAUUUACACUGAGACAGAAAAUGUCGUAGACUAAAAAAAAAUAAAGAAGCGGAUGAUGCGUAAUAAAAUCUCGAUGAAAUGCACUAUUUAAAAAGAAAAUAGCAACUUAAAGUGACAAAUCAUAAAAAAAAGAGAAAACUGAAUAUUUAUAAAAAGAAAAAAAAACUGUAUACACAAUUAGAAAAGAAAAGAAUUAAAUGAAAAUACACAUAAAGUAAAGACUUUAAAACGCGAAAUUUUUAUAUUUUGUUUAUGAAGAAUUUAAAAAAAAGAAGAUUUAGAAAAAAAUCUUUUAAUAAAUGAGGAAAAAACGUACAUAAAUGAGAGCAAGUAAAUGAUUAUUAAAAAAAAUGAAUAAAAUUAAACAAGAGUUUUAAAAAUCACAUAAUAAAAUGCAUUUAAAAUAUUUUUUUAUAUAACUUCAUAUUGCAAAGCAAUACAUUAUUUUGAUGAAUGAAAAUUAGACAUUGCAUUAAAAGAAAAUUAGUUAAAAAAAUUUCACUAUUCACAAGAAUUACUUCAUCUGAUUAGAUAUUUACAGUGCAGAAACAAAUCAAAUUUAGGUUCUGAUUGACAAAAUAAUCGAUGGAAAAUCAUUA